AUGUUGCCGGCCAGGGCGGGAGUCGGGAACCCGGCUCGCGCCCCGCAGGCGCCCCGGGCUCCCAUCCUCGCCCCCCCUCCUUUGCCGGGCAGCCCUCCCCGUCGCCAUGCUCUCCUCGCGGCAUCGCCUCACUGCCAAACAACCCCGCUCGUUGUGGUCACACGCGAGCGCGGGAAGAACGCAAAGCUGAUUUCCGCCCUGGCCGCCAAGGGGAUCCCUCACGCACUGGAGCUGCCCCUGAUCGAGCACGCGGACGGCCCGGACAGGGCCGCCCUGCCGGAGGUCCUGCGGGCCCGGCACUUCGCCUGGGUGGCCGUGACCUCCCCCGAGGCCGCGGCGGUGUUUCUCGCGGCGUGGCGCCGCGCGGGCCGGCCGUCCGUGCGCGUGGCUGCCGUGGGCGGUGGCACGGCGGAGGCGAUCGCCCAGGCCGGAUCCCUCGACGCCCCCUUCGUCCCAUCGAAGGCCACCGCCAAAGUGCUGGCGGCGGAGCUGCCGGUUGGGAACAACGGAUCCGGGUCGGUCUUGUACCCGGCGUCGGCAAAGGCUGGCGGGGACCUCCAGGAGGGGCUGGAGGCGCGGGGGUUCGAGGUCACGCGGCUGGACACUUAUGACACGAGGCCUGCCAGCCAGGUGGACCUUGGGGACCUGGAGGCCGCCGUGGGGGCGGACGUGGUGACGUUCGGGUCGCCGUCCGCUGUGGGGGCGUGGGUGGCGCUGGCGGGGGAGGCGGGACGCGCGGGUCCGGCAUUCGCAUGCAUCGGCAGGACGUCCGGCGAGGCCGCGCGGCGCGCGGGUCUGGGGAGGGUGUUCUACCCGCAGAGGCCGGGAAUGGAGGGCUGGGUGGCGGCGGUCAUGGACGCCCUGGACGCCGCGCGGGAGUCUGUGGUCUGA